AAAAAUAAAUAAAUAAAUAAAAGAAAGAAAGGGAAAAGGAGAGAGGGAAAAAUUAAAAAAAAAAGAAAAAAAAAGGUGUUCUUUCUGUUACCAACCUCGGCUCAUUCUUUUCCCUCUCCUCCUCCAUUCUUUCCUUCUCCUGCAAAGCAUGUCAUCCGCCGGAAUCUCGGGCGGCGGUGGCGGUGGCGGUGGUGCGCCUCAGCAGUAUUUCUGCUACCAGUGCAACCGUACGGUCCUUAUAACUCCGUCUCCGUCCUCGGACCUCGUCUGCCCUAGUUGCAAUGGUGGGUUUCUCGAAGAAUACGAAAACCCUAACCCUAGCCCCGCUUCGAAUCUCGACUCCCUCUUGGGCUUCUCCGAUAAUUUCUCUGGAUUGCCUUCUCUGGUCGCUGGACUCGGGUUUUCCCCUUUCUUCCCCGCCCCUACCUCUGGUGACCCACAAAACCCUACCGAUCUCUCCGGCCUCUUCGGCCCCGGAUUCCGCCUACGCUCGUCGCCGACUUACCUCCAAGAAGGCCCCGAAGCGUUUAAUCCGUUGGCUUUCCUUCAAAGUUACCUCCAAGCGUUGAGAGCCGACGGCGCGAACAUUCAGUUUGUCAUUGAGAACAGCCCCGGUGACACUGCGUUCCGUCUUCCCGCCAACCUUGGCGACUAUUUCAUCGGUCCUGGGCUCGAACAAUUGAUCCAGCAGUUGGCGGAGAACGAUCCCAAUCGAUAUGGGACGCCGCCCGCCUCCAAAUCGGCCAUUGAUGGGCUCCCGGAUGUGAAGAUCUCGGAGGAAUUAUUGGCAUCGGAUUUGGCGCAGUGCGCCGUCUGCAAGGACACGUUCGAGCUUGGGAGCGAGGCAAAGCAAAUGCCGUGCAAACAUAUUUACCACUCGGAUUGUAUUUUGCCAUGGUUGAAGUUGCAUAAUUCUUGUCCAGUUUGUCGAUACGAGUUGCCGACUGAUGAUCCGGAUUAUGAGCAACGGAGGGGCGGGCUGGGAACGGGGAGUUCCAUUGGGGAUGGUGGGCCGGUCGAUUCAGGCGGUGGAAGGGCAGGGCAGGAGAACAAUCAACCGACAACAGAACGGAGUUUUAGAAUAACGCUGCCAUCAAUAUUUAGGGCAUUUGCCUCACCUGCAGAGACGAGCAAUAGUGGGGUUGGAACCAACAAUGGCAGUAAUGGAGGGGACCCGAACAGUGGUAAUCGAGGGAAUAGGGAUUUUGGGUCAGAGACCAGGCAAGAAGAUUUGGGUUAAGGAUUGUAGCUUCUUACGUCUUUCGAGAUCAAGGAACAACUCUUUCUAGUCUUGCUUUCAUGGUAACCCCUCUAGACGAGUCUUUUCUUGAUGGAAAGGGAUUCAAAUAUGUAACGAUGUAUGGACAUAAAAAGGGAUCAUAUACAUAGAAGAUUAGUGCUGUUGCAUUUGGAAAAUGGGUGAUACCUUUUCUGCUCCAGAAGAAUUCCUUGUAAUUUCAUAAUUGAGGACAAUUAAUUUUCUUAAUUGAUUUGCAUUUGCAUAAUUGUUUUCA